AUGUCCCAACAGGCUCUCAAGGUCGUGACCAUCAUUUGGAAAUGCAACAAGCCAAGUGCCACGAGGUUUCCCGGUCUCGUUAGCCUUUGCGAGACAACUGUGAGGGGCGUUGCGCAAACUCUGGACAAGGAUAGAGCUGUUAUACGGUAG